GCCGCCUCUGCCGGCUCGGGGCAAGCAAGCACUCCGCACCCCAAGGAGCUAGUUGUGUAGCAAGCGGUUCGAUCUGGCCCAGCCAUGGACCGGAAGGUGGCCCGAGAAUUCCGGCACAAGGUGGAUUUUCUGAUUGAAAAUGAUGCAGAAAAGGACUAUCUCUACGAUGUGUUGCGGAUGUACCACCAAACCAUGGACGUGGCCGUGCUUGUGGGAGACCUGAAGCUGGUCAUCAACGAGCCCAGCCGCCUGCCCCUGUUUGACGCCAUCAGGCCUCUGAUCCCACUGAAGCACCAGGUGGAGUACGACCAACUAACCCCCCGGCGCUCCAGGAAGCUGAAGGAGGUGCGUCUGGACCGGCUGCACCCCGAAGGCCUCGGCCUUAGCGUGCGUGGCGGCCUCGAGUUCGGCUGCGGGCUCUUCAUCUCCCACCUCAUCAAAGGCGGCCAGGCAGACAGCGUCGGGCUCCAGGUAGGGGACGAGAUCGUCCGGAUCAAUGGGUAUUCCAUCUCCUCCUGCACGCAUGAGGAGGUCAUCAACCUCAUCCGCACCAAGAAGACUGUGUCCAUCAAAGUGAGACACAUCGGCCUGAUCCCUGUGAAGAGCUCUCCCGAUGAGCCCCUCAAAUGGCAGUAUGUGGAUCAGUUUGUGUCGGAAUCUGGGGGUGGGAGGACCAGUCUGGGCUCCCCCAGCAGUCAGGAAAACAAGGAGAAGAAGGUCUUCAUCAGCCUGGUGGGCUCCCGGGGCCUUGGCUGCAGCAUUUCCAGCGGCCCCAUCCAGAAACCCGGCAUCUUCAUCAGCCACGUGAAGCCUGGCUCCCUGUCUGCUGAGGUGGGGUUGGAGACAGGGGACCAGAUUGUCGAAGUCAAUGGCAUCGACUUCUCCAACCUGGACCACAAGGAGGCCGUGAACGUGCUGAAGAGUAGCCGCAGCCUGACCAUCUCCAUCGUAGCUGGAGCGGGCCGGGAGCUGUUCAUGACAGACCGGGAGCGGCUGGCAGAGGUCCGGCAGCGCGAGCUGCAGCGACAGGAGCUUCUGAUGCAGAAGCGGCUGGCAAUGGAAUCCAACAAGAUCCUCCAGGAGCAGCAGGAGAUGGAGCGGCAAAGGAAAAAGGAAAUUGCCCAGAAGGCAGCAGAGGAAAAUGAGAGAUACCGGAAGGAGAUGGAACAGAUCAUGGAGGAGGAAGAGAAGUUUAAGAAGCAGUGGGAAGAAGACUGGGGCUCAAAGGAACAGCUCCUGUCGCCUAAAACCAUCACCGCCGAGGUGCACCCAGUACCCCUUCGCAAGCCAAAGUAUGAGCUGGGAGUGGACCCCGAGUUUGACCCGGCAGAUGACCUGGACGGAGGCACGGAAAAGCAGGGAGAGCAGGAUUUCCGGAAAUACGAGGAAGGCUUUGACCCCUACUCCAUGUUCACCCCGGAGCAGAUCGUAGGAAAGGAUGUCCGGCUCCUGCGCAUUAAGAAGGAGGGAGCCUUAGACCUGGCCCUGGAAGGCGGAGUGGACUCCCCGAUCGGGAAGGUGGUCAUCUCGGCUGUUUACGAGGGCGGAGCCGCUGAGCGGCACGGUGGCAUUGUGAAAGGGGAUGAGGUCAUGGCCAUCAAUGGCAAGAUCGUGACGGACUACACCCUGGCUGAGGCUGAGGCUGCCCUGCAGAAGGCCUGGAAUCAGGGGGACUGGAUCGACCUUGUCAUUGCCGUCUGUCCCCCCAAGGAGUAUGACGAUGAGCUGACCUUCUUCUGAAGUUCAGAGGAGAAACCAAACCCACCCGUAGAAGCCAGUGAGCUCUGGACCCACCGUCCUGGACACCAUGCUUGGAGCCAGCUGAGCCACCGCAGCCUGCAGGCACCUGGAAACCCAUAGCCAGCACCCAGGGAUUGCAGACUCCCUCUGGCCCUGAAGUAGGGCUGCAUAGGAACACUUCGGGCCACCCCUCUGAAGGCCAGCAUGGAGGGAGGGAGCAGCUAGCCGUUCUGAAGAGGCCCCUUUUGCAGGGUUACGGGGGAACCCAGCCUACACCCAGUGGAUACCCAAUAAAUGUCUGUAAUCAAUUGGCUAAUUGCCUCAAAUACAGAUCGGAUCACCCAUUGA